AUGAGCGAAUUCCGACAAGCGACCGAGCACGUGGAAACGCUUGAGGCGUGUUUAACGCAGCUGCAGCACUCAGUUGCCAGCGAAUAUGACCACGAUACACUCGAGGAAAACCUUAGCUUUCUUUUGGCUGGACUUCAUGAUGACGUAAACGUCAUGAUGGACAAGUUUCGAUCUCGUUGCUCUAUGGUCGAUCCUGUGACGAAACAACCUCGGUUCGGGCCUAAAAUGCUGGCUAAAGUGCAAGAUCUGCUGCGUCGCUACGAUGACGUGGCGCUCAGGAUGGAGGAGGACGCCCCGUUGCGCUUACAAGUCGAAGCGAAGAUUUACCAAUUGGCAGAGAAAGAAGCUGCAAAGAAGGAGGAGAAAAUUGCUCAAGAGAGGGAGGCACUGAAAGUCCAACGAGCUGCAGAAUUAGCACGGGAACAGGAACAGCAGAGACUGCAGCAAGAAGCUCGCGACCAGGAAACGAAGCGACAAAGAGACGAACAACUUUUUAUUGAAGCGUUGGCUGCUGCCGCGCAGAAAAAGCGUGAGCGACACGAGAAGGAACGUGCGGAAAAAGAACAGCAGCGAAAGCUAGUAGAGCAGGAACGUGAACGCUUGAACGCAUCAAUUCCGCACGGGAAAGAGGAACUUGAAAAAUCGAUUGCAAUGCUACAAAAAAGCACAGGCUCCGAGGUACUGUUUCGCCAGUCACUCGUAAAACUCCUAGGUGUAGUGAGCAAUAUCUGCUCGGUACCGGAGAAUGCGGCAUUUCGCCAUAUUCCCAAGGACAACACCAACUUUCACGCUGAUCUGGGGCAAUAUGCUGGUGGCCAUCAGUGUCUGCUUGCGCUAGGAUUCAAAGAGAUUGAACAAGGAGAUGAAGAGCAGCCGAGAGCUGUGUUUGUGCUGGAGGAACCAGAUUUGUCGGAAGAUUUCGAUGCCUGGAGUACCUGGUUUAAUGAACUAAAGGAAAUGCAAAGCCAGGUAGAGUCCAAGCUGUGA